AGUUUUCAAUGUUAAAUAAUUAUAUAAACGUUAUUAAAAAAUAAAAGUGUUGCUAAAGUGUCUUAUCUUGUUGUGAUAUGUGUUUUUCGUGAUGCUACGCGCGCACGUCAGUUAAAAAUUUAAAUAAAUAAAAAAUAUAUAUAUAUUAAUUGGAUCAUAAAACUAUAUCAUGUCAUUAAAGAAAGUUUUCAAAAAGUCCUGCAAGUAAAAAGUCUAGAAAGUGUAAUCGUGGUAAGAAGAUGUCCUACAACUUUUAAAUGUGAUAUAUAAAUGUUCAACGGUGACAUAAUGACGAAAAUACGAAAAAAUUACAUAAUAGUGACUAAAGUUAUCAAAAAUAAAAGCAGAACGUGUAUCAUAAAUAACUUGGACUGCGAAUUUGUCAUUCUGUGAUUAUGACAAUGUACCUGACUUCCUCCUGAUGAUGAAUAUAUUCCUGCAAAGCUGAACGUAAAUCCUUUAAAAUUAUAAAUAGAAUAAAUCAAAUUUGUGCGAUUCAAGAAAGAAAAAAAAAUGCGCAACUUAUACAUUCUGUUGAUGGUGAGCAUACUCGUUGCCUCGACCAGAGAGGUAAAGAACCGCUUGAAAUCGUCGAUCGGUCAGACUGGUCAUCAAAAAUUGACCAAGAACACCAGCAACUCCACAUUGGAAAAUCUUACUAUUGGCAUGAUAGUGCCACAUACGAAUUUCAAAACGAGAGAAUACACAAAAGCCAUCAACAGUGCUCUCAGUAAUCUGAACAAAGGUUAUACCAGGAAUAAGAACCAGUCCAGCUUCUUAUUUCGGAACAAAUAUCACCUGCAGGUCAACCACAGAAUGAUGAGGCUGACGCCGAGUCCUAUAGCUAUUUUAGACUCGCUCUGCAAAGAAUUUCUCUCGGUGAAUGUAUCGGCCAUCUUAUAUCUUAUGAAUUACGAGCAAUACGGACGAAGUACGGCCAGUGCUCAAUAUUUUCUCCAAUUGGCCGGUUACCUAGGAAUCCCUGUGAUCGCAUGGAACGCCGACAACUCCGGCCUCGAGAGGCGGGCUUCGCAGAGCAGUCUGCAGCUGCAGCUGGCACCAUCGUUGGAACAUCAAACAGCGGCGAUGUUGAGUAUACUGGAGAGGUACAAGUGGCAUCAGUUUAGCGUCGUCACGUCGCAAAUAGCCGGUCACGAUGACUUCAUACAGGCGGUCAGGGAGAGAAUGUCCGAGAUGCAGGACACAUUCAAGUUUACCAUAUUAAGCGCCAUCCUGGUCACAGAUCCCAAGCACGAUCUUCAGGAACUCGUAAACAGCGAGUCCCGAGUGAUGCUUUUGUACUCGACCAGAGAGGAGGCGAUUCAUAUUUUGACCGCCGCCAGAGAGUACAAAAUUACCGGCGAGAAUUACGUGUGGGUUGUCACACAGAGCGUUAUCGAAAAUCUACAAACCCCCAGUCAGUUCCCGAUUGGAAUGUUGGGCGUGCAUUUCGAUACGAGUACUGAGAGCUUGGUAAGCGAGAUCACGACGGCAAUUAAGGUCUAUGCUUAUGGUGUCGAGGACUUUGUCAAUGAUCCGAAAAAUAUAAAUCGCAGUCUGAACACUCAAUUGAGCUGCGAAGGUGCCGGUGAAUCACGGUGGAGCACGGGGGAUCUAUUUUUCAAAUAUUUGAAGAAUGUUUCCGUCGAAGGUGAUCAAGGAAAACCGAACGUGGAGUUCACUCAAGAUGGUGUACUAAAGGCGGCGGAACUGAAAAUUAUGAACCUUCGGCCAGGAACCAGCAAGCAACUCGUCUGGGAGGAGAUCGGCGUUUGGAAAUCCUGGCAGAAAGAGGGUCUGGAUAUCAAAGACAUUGUCUGGCCGGGCAAUACUCAUACUCCUCCGCAAGGCGUGCCGGAGAAGUUUUACCUGAAAAUAACCUUUCUAGAGGAGCCGCCCUACAUCAAUCUUGCACCGCCUGAUCCUGUGACCGGAAAAUGCUUGGUGGAUCGCGGUGUUCAUUGUCGAGUAGCCAAGGACGCCGACAUGGUCGAAAUGGAUAUUCAGUCAGCACAGAAGAAUGAGAGCUUUUAUCAGUGCUGUAGCGGAUUUUGCAUCGAUCUGCUACAAAAGUUUUCCGAAGAGAUCGGGUUCACUUACGAGCUCGUAAGAGUGGAGGAUGGCAAGUGGGGCACUUUAGAGAACGGAAAGUGGAAUGGGCUUAUAGCUGAUCUGGUCAACCGGAAGACGGAUAUGGUGAUGACCUCAUUAAUGAUUAACUCAGAAAGGGAAGCAGUGGUCGAUUUUACAGUACCUUAUAUGGAAACUGGUAUCGCUAUAGUUGUAGCGAAAAGGACAGGAAUAAUAUCUCCCACCGCAUUUCUAGAACCGUUUGAUACGGCUUCAUGGAUGCGUGGAAUUGUCGCCAUACAUGCCGCGACGAUAAUGAUAUUGCUUUUUGAAUGGGCAUCGCCCUCUGGUUCGACAUGAAGGUAAACCCUUCAGAAGAAUCCAUCGACAAACCAUCGGUUUUCCUUCUGCCGCACGUACUGGCUGGUCUGGGCCGUAUUAUUUCAGGCUGCCGUCCAUAUCGACUCCCCCAGAGGAUUUACAGCCAGAUUUAUGACGAACAUGUGGGCAUUAUUCGCUGUGGUCUUUCUCGCCAUUUACACUGCCAAUCUGGCUGCCUUCAUGAUUACGCGGGAAGAAUUCCACGAAUUCAGCGGCGUGGACGAUCACAGGCUCGCUAAACCAUAUUCUCACAAGCCCAUGUUCAAAUUUGGCACCAUACCAUGGAGUCACACAGACAGCACACUGGCAAAGUAUUUUAAAGAGAUGCAUAACUACAUGAGCACCUUCAACAAGACCAGCGUUACGGACGGUAUCGAAGCAGUCAUCAGUGGAGAAAUGGACGCAUUCAUUUAUGAUGGCACAGUCCUAGACUAUUUAGUCGCCCAGGACGAGGAUUGUCGAUUGCUGACGGUCGGGCAAUGGUACGCGAUGACAGGAUAUGGUCUCGCAUUCUCUAGGAAUUCAAAGUAUCUACAAAUGUUUAACAAACGGCUGUUGGAUUAUAGAGAUAAAGGGGAUUUGGAGCGAUUGAGAAGAUACUGGAUGACUGGGACGUGCAAGCCUGGGAAGGAAGUACAGAAAAGUAGCGAUCCUCUGGCGUUAGAGCAAUUCUUGAGCGCGUUUCUCUUGUUGAUGAUGGGUAUUCUUCUGGCGGCAGUUUUCUUGCUUUUAGAACAUCUGUAUUUCAAAUAUAUCAGACAGCAUCUGGCAAAAAGCGACGAUGGUGGCACAUGCGCUAUUUUCAGUCUAAGUGUGGGAAAAUCCUUGACCUUCCGCGGUGCAGUAUACGAGGCGCAAGAUAUCUUGAGGCAUCAUAGAUGCAAGGAUCCGAUCUGCGACACCCACUUGUGGAAGGUCAAGCAUGAGCUCGACAUGGCCAAGAUUAGGAUACGACAACUUGAGAAGGAUCUCGAGGCCCAUGGAAUAAAGCCGUCUCAGACCAAGAGGAAAACUGGAAGUCUCGGCUGGUGGCGAGGGUGCUUCCAAAGCUCGGACCGCUAUUCGCAACCGGAACCAUUGGCGGUGGAAGCUCCGCAUCCGCUACCGCCAUACUUCGAUUCGUAUAUCGACGCCGUCGAGGUCGCCCGUCCAAGGGACAUGAGCAGAAACCAUGUGGUCAGCACAGAAUAUGCCGAGAGGUUCUUACCCACGGAGAUUUACAGGAUCCCGGAUGACGCAACUAGGACAGAAAUCGCCGAAAUGGAAACAGUUCUGUGAUCGUAAGAGGAUCGCCUUCAGUCGUCCGAUCCGGAACUCGUCCGAGCGCCGGAAGUAGAAGCGCGUGGACGGACUGGCGGGCUUCCGAAGACUCCAGAAAUGAUGCGAUCUAACGCGAAUCACGUCCUAUUGUUUCUGCCUCGAACAACGAGUCCCAUCCACAUCAACUUCGGCCGAAGAGGCUAAUCGACUGAUAUUCGAUUCUUAGUGUCAUCGCACGUGUGACGAAGCAACGAGUGAAGGAAAGUCGUCAGUGGCGGUCGAUGAUCGAGAGUCGACCAGCGACUAUGAAGCCUACGAACCCGAAGAUGUUUUAUAAUUCGAGGACGUGCACUCUCGUGUUGACAUAUGCGUUAACGCCCUCGAAACAUGCAUCCUUUGUAUCCUUCGAAGUAAGUGUAUUGAAUGGCAAAUACAUUUGCGUAUGGCGAUUGUAUUUGCGAUAGUGAUUGUUGCGAAAGAAACGUUUUUUAGAAACUACUGAAUCUUUGUGAUGCGAAAUUGUACUUGACAGUCGAGCCAGAUUUUUCGGGUCUUCGAAUUCGAUGGAAUUUCUUUCUUUUUUCUUUUUUUUUUUUUAAUACACAAUCGAUAAAUUGUGUCAUAGAUGUCGAAGCGUCGUACCCACGUAGUUGUGUCUACGUGCAAAGAUUCCUUUCGAAAUUUCAACCUGUGCCUAAAAUCGUCUGGACGCGAUUCGCGAUCGAAGAUCUUGACGCGUUGGUUAAUCGAUCAGGCGUCUUGAAGUAUAGUUGAAGCAUUUCGAUAGAAGCAAAGUCAGACUUGAAAUCUUUUGAUACGCGAUUAUCUUUCAUCGACACAAGUUAGUUUUCAUUCAUUUUUUUAAAUAUUCAUGCAUUUUUAUAAUUAAAAACAUUAUAAA